AUGGUGGUGUUGAGUAAGAUUGCAACAAAUGACCCGCAUGGGGAGAAUUCUCCAUACUUCGAUGGAUGGAAGGCCUAUGAUAUGAACCCUUAUCACCCUACCAAAAACCGCGAUGGAGUUUUUCAGAUGGGUCUUGCAGAAAAUCAGCUUUGCUUUGACUUGACUGAAGACUGGAUCAGGAAAAAUCCCGAGGCUUCCAUUCGCACAGCUGAAGGAGUCAAUGAGUUCAAGAAUAUUGCCAUAUUUCAGGAUUACCAUGGCUUGCCGGAGUUCAGACAAGCUGUGGCGAGCUUUAUGGGGAGAGUAAGAGGUGGUCGGGUCAAGUUUGAUCCAGACCGCAUCGUCAUGAGUGGUGGAGCAACAGGAGCAAACGAGCUAAUCAUGUUCUGUUUGGCAGAUCCUGGAGAUGCUUUUCUUGUACCCUCUCCUUAUUAUCCAGCGUAA